GUGGAAUAUAGAGAGAUGGAUGAGAGUCUUGCAAACCUGUCAGAAGAUGAGUAUUACUCUGAAGAAGAGAGAAAUGCUAAAGCUGAGAAAGAGAAGAAACUACCACCACCACCUCCACCAGCUCCUGCAGAAGAAGAGAAUGAAAGCGAGCCAGAGGAGCCAUCUGGGCAAGCAGGAGGACUUCAAGACGACAAUUCUGGAGGGUAUGGAGACGGCCAAGCAUCAGGUGUGGAGGGUGCAGCUUUCCAGAGUAGACUUCCACAUGACCGUAUGACAUCACAAGAAGCUGCCUGCUUCCCUGAUAUAAUCAGUGGGCCACAGCAGACUCAGAAGGUGUUUCUGUACAUCAGGAACCGCACCCUGCAGCUCUGGUUGGAUAACCCAAAGAUUCAGUUGACAUUUGAAGCAACUAUCCAACAGUUAGAAGCACCUUAUAAUAGUGAUACAGUGCUCGUUCAUAGAGUACACAGCUAUCUGGAGCGGCAUGGUCUAAUCAACUUUGGUAUCUACAAAAGAGUGAAGCCUCUUCCAACCAAGAAGACUGGAAAGGUGAUCAUUAUUGGUUCUGGAGUCUCUGGGUUGGCAGCAGCUCGCCAGUUGCAGAGUUUUGGGAUGGAUGUCACAGUGCUGGAAGCCAGGGACAGAGUAGGAGGAAGAGUUGCCACAUUUCGCAAAGGGAACUAUGUUGCUGAUCUAGGAGCAAUGGUGGUAACAGGACUUGGAGGAAACCCCAUGGCUGUGGUCAGCAAACAAGUGAAUAUGGAAUUGGCUAAGAUCAAACAAAAAUGCCCACUUUAUGAAGCAAAUGGACAAGCUGACACUGUCAAGGUUCCAAAAGAGAAGGAUGAAAUGGUGGAGCAAGAAUUUAAUCGUCUGCUGGAAGCCACCUCCUAUCUCAGUCAUCAGCUGGAUUUUAAUGUUCUCAAUAAUAAGCCUGUCUCCCUAGGUCAGGCCCUGGAAGUUGUUAUACAAUUGCAGGAGAAGCACGUGAAGGAUGAGCAGAUUGAACACUGGAAAAAAAUUGUGAAAACACAGGAGGAAUUGAAAGACCUUCUUAACAAGAUGGUGAAUUUAAAAGAGAAGAUUAAAGAACUUCACCAACAGUAUAAGGAAGCAUCAGAAGUGAAGCCACCUCGGGAUAUUACAGCAGAGUUCCUUGUGAAAAGCAAACACAGAGAUCUGACUGCACUUUGCAAGGAGUAUGAUGAAUUGGCAGAAACACAAGGAAAGCUGGAAGAGAAGUUACAAGAACUUGAAGCCAAUCCACCAAGUGAUGUUUAUCUGUCAUCAAGAGACAGGCAAAUACUCGACUGGCAUUUUGCAAACCUUGAAUUUGCUAAUGCUACACCCCUAUCUACGCUUUCACUGAAACACUGGGACCAGGAUGAUGACUUUGAAUUCACUGGCAGUCACUUGACUGUGAGGAAUGGAUAUUCCUGUGUGCCUGUAGCCUUGGCAGAAGGGUUGGAUAUUAAGUUGAACACAGCAGUUCGCCAGGUCCGCUACACAGCAUCAGGCUGUGAAGUGAUAGCUGUAAAUACCCGAUCUACUAGCCAGACUUUCAUUUACAAAUGUGAUGCUGUGCUGUGUACUCUUCCCUUGGGAGUAUUGAAACAGCAGCCUCCAGCAGUACAGUUUGUGCCACCUCUUCCUGAGUGGAAAACUUCUGCAGUACAGCGUAUGGGAUUUGGCAACCUUAACAAGGUUGUUUUGUGUUUUGAUCGUGUCUUCUGGGAUCCAAGUGUCAAUUUGUUUGGUCAUGUUGGUAGCACUACUGCAAGCAGAGGAGAACUUUUCCUGUUUUGGAACCUGUACAAAG